AUGGCCUCCCCACCCGCUGUGCUUGUGGCAUACGUUGAAGAAAGCCUCGUACUGGAGUAUGCAUAUGUGGCUGCUAUCACCGUUGCUACUUACGAUUAUUCCUUGAACAUUUCUCGCGAGCUACGAUACCUCGGUUUUGCCAUUCCGAUUGUCCCGUUGUCCAGCAAAAUGUAUGUUACUCUUCUUUGGUUGACCACACUCAAUCAUACAACGCCAAAGAAAGUCCUGGCAUUCCUCCUUGUCCACUACACGGUCGUUCAAGCCAUCACUGUGGUGGUGGUUUACUUUCGACUUACAGGCUCGGCCAACGCAAUCUCCUGCUUCUCUUUCUACGGAUUUCAUUUCUGCGAUAUCGAAUACCCCGAAUCCGUCGCCUGGAUAUACCCAACGUGGAACGGGGUUCUGAUGAGCUACGAAAUGGUGCUCUGCGCACUAGUCUUACGUUACGCUGCUCGCCAUCUUCGCGGCACUUUUUGGAGAGACCCCGUGCGCACCGCAAACACACUCAUCGCGGUGAUCGUGCACGACAACCUGGUCUACUUCUUCGUGCCAAUUACCGGGGCUGAUUACGGUAAGAAUGUCAAUGCGCUUCACCGAGUUCCGCCAUCGGCUCACUUCCCCAUGAAAAUAGUUAUCAUGGAGACCUUGCUCUUGAGCAUGGUCGGUCCCUGUGUAGUGCUUAGCCUGCGAAGGGGAUACGAGAGAGGUCUGAGCGACGUACAUGGGUCGAGUGUCACAACGUUGAUGUUUGUCGCUGGAGCUCCUCCAACCGAGGAAGAGGAAUAA